ACCAAGACAAAUGUCAACCACUCCAAAUCACGCAGUCGAAAUCUCGCCCUCUAGAAAUCGUGCGUACUAUUAUUGCUGUAGUACGCAAUAUGCACAUCGAGUAGACCAAAGGUCGCAAUGAAUUUACAUGUGUGCUCUUUUGGCUUCAUGUACAUGUAUAUGUAGCCAUAAACGUGCGGCUUAAUCCCGAAUUUGCCAAGGGAGCCUUAACCGUAAGUCACUCGGGCUUGCUUUUCGCAUUCAGCAGCUAGGCAGUCAGAAAACAUGUCCCUUCUCAAGAGUGUGUUGUGGUUCCUGGACGUCCGCACAGCGCUGCUGUGCCUGGUUCUCUUCCUGGUUCUUCGCUGGUUCUUCGGGCGACGUAAAGACCUCCCUCCGGGUCCUGUGGGACUCCCGAUCAUUGGCUCUAUUCUGGCCAUCCACCGUGAGAUGCGCCGGAGCAUAGAGCCCCACAAUCUGUUUAUGAGGUACGCUGCCAAGUACGGGCCCGUGUUUAGUCUGAACAUCUUAAACAAGACGGUGGUGGUCCUCAAUGACUUCUCCUCCGUGAAGGAAGCUUUCCAGCAUCCUCAGCUGAAUGAUAGGCCCAAAAUGCUGUUGUCUGACGUUCUAAAAAGUGACGGUGUCUCAAUUGCAUCUGGCAAGCCCUGGAUCGAGCUUCGUCGGUUCUGCCUCACCGUGCUGAGGAGCUUCGGAGUUGGCAAAACGAGCUUCGAGGAGAAGAUCGGGGAGGAAGCUGAGGAGCUGAUGAAGGAGAUGUCUGAUUUCAACGGGAAACCCUUUGACCCUAAGCCUCUAUUGGGCAACGCUGUUUCCAACGUUAUCUGCAACGUCAUUUUCGGCAAGCGGUACAAGUACGCUGAUGAAGAGUUUACACGGCUUCUGGCUUUACUCGCUCGCAAUUUCAAGCUGCUGGGUGCAGGUGCUGCUGUAAAUUUCUUCCCGAUUCUCCGUCAUCUACCCUUCGUGCCUACUGCUGAACUGCUGUCGAAUUUCGACGAGAUUCGUGUAUUCGUGACCAGUAUCAUUGACAGCCACCGUGCCAUCUUCGAUGCAAAUGAUCCCAAGGAUUUCACCGAUUGUUUCUUGAAGGAAGUUAAGCAGAACGAAGCAAAAGAUGCCAUGGGAGUCCAGCACGGUUUUCUCAGCGAGCGCAAUAUUGCUGGGACUAUAAUUGCUCUCUUCGGGGCGGGAACAGAAACCACCGCCACUACGCUCCAGUGGGCUCUCCUGUACAUGGCCGUUUACCCCGAGAUCCAGCAGCAAGUCCAGGCCGAGAUUGAUGCCGUGGUUGGUCGUAACCGCCUCCCCAGGAUGGCCGACAAACCAGAACUGAACUUCACCCGAGCGGUUAUUUGGGAGAUCCAACGUCUAAGUCUCAUUGUUCCGUUGGGUAUAGCCCAUGCUGCUGCCUCCGAUACCCAGUUUCGGGGUUUUACAAUUCCCAAAGGUGCCUUGCUGAUCUCUAACUUAUGGGCGGUCGCCCAUGACCCUAAUGUCUGGCCAGAGCCCGACCAAUUCAAACCCCAGAGAUUCCUGAACGACAAAGGAGAGGCUGUUAUAACAGACGAGUUGAUACCCUUCAGCGUUGGUCGUCGUAGCUGCAUCGGUGAACACCUGGCGAAGAUGGAGCUGGUGAUCUUCUUCAGCUACUUCAUGCAUCAGUUUACCUUCAAGAAACCAGACAACUCACCACCGCUGUCUCUGAAGGGAAGAGGUGGUUUAAAUUACACACCAUCGAGUUUCGAGAUUUGUGCCAUCAAGCGCGAAUAAAGUUCUUGUCGAGAAUUU